GUCAUAGCUUUAGGGUUGCAUGCAAACGGAGCUGGAGGAAAUGCGAGAGGGGACCAAUUAAUUCGAUUUACAAUUCAUUGGGAAUUACAGCCUAUUAGGCUAGUGGCAAGGCUCCCACAUUUUCUUGUUACCCCUAUCUGAGUCUGUUUUCCUGCACUGGAUGGGAGUGUCCCUCUCUCUCCUGAUUCCCUAGUAGAUACAUUGUCACCCUAUAGUCUGGCAGCCUGGCUGCUCACCUACAUGUAUAUCAAUGAAAACCCCAUUUGGAAAGACACCAGGCCAGCGCCCCAGAGCUGAUGGGGGGAAUACUGGGGUAUCUGCAAAUCUGAUCAAGAAGAAAAAUUCCCACAAGAAGCAGAAGAAUGUUGGUCCAAGCAAGCCUAUUGCCCAACCCAGACGAAACAUAGUGGGUUGCAGGAUAACGCACCAGUGGAAGGAAGAUACCAAGGUUUCCCAGUGGAAAGGAACAGUUCUCGAUCAAGUCCCUGUCAACCCAUCUCUCUACCUGAUCAAGUAUGAUGGAUUUGACUGCAUCUAUGGACUUGAGCUUCACAAAGAUGAGAGGGUGCAAGGCCUGGAGGUUUUACCAGACCGAGUUGCUCCAGCUCGCGUCAGUGAUGCACAGCUAGCAGAAACCAUGAUAGGCAAAGCAGUGGAGCACAUGUUUGAGCAAGAUGAAGGACCAAAGGAGGAGUGGAGGGGCAUGGUGCUAGCACGGGCUCCCAUUAUGAACACAUGGUUCUACAUUACUUACGAAAAGGACCCUGUUUUGUACAUGUACCAGCUCUUGGAUGACUACAAAGAGGGGGAUCUCCGGAUAAUGCCUGAUUCAAAUGACUCGACCCCAACCGAGAGAGAGCCUGGAGAAGUGGUGGAUAGCCUUGUUGGCAAACAAGUGGAAUAUGCCAAAGAGGAUGGCGGCAAAAGGACAGGCAUGGUUAUCCAUCAGGUUGAUGCCAAACCCUCUGUGUAUUUCAUCAAGUUUGAUGACGACUUUCACAUCUACGUCUACGAUUUAGUAAAAACGUCUUAGGAUAAUUGAGAAAAUCAUUGAUUCACAGACCGUGGCAAAUGGUUUCAGGAUUUCUUUGAGACAUCAAUUUCCAGUUAAAUGGACAAUUCCUUCACAGGCUACGAAUGUGAAACUUGUCAUUUCCUGUGUCACUGCUUCCAAUGCGAAAGCUUUUAGUGUACUUUGUCUGAAGUCCACUUUUGUUUGAAAAGAAGAGACCUCUGCAGAAUUCACCAUGUCUGAACAUUUACUCUGUUCAAUUGGGCCAGACACCAGGAGCCUAAUCAGUUUUUUUUUUUUUUUCAUGUCUAUGAUGCUGUAAAUGAAUUCUUGUGAGGUGCUCGUAACAUGUUUCCGCCACUUUUGUUAACUUGUGGGUUUAACAUCCUCAGAAUUUAGCAUGCAUCAGUCCAACAGCUGUGGUCCUUUGUAGCUCAGUUGGUAGAGCAUGGCACUUGUAACGCCAGGGUAGUGGAUUCGAUUCCCCCAUCCAUAUGUAAAAUGUAUGCACGCGUGACUGUAAGUCGCUUUGGAUACAAGCGUCGGCUAAAUGGCAUAUUACUGUAUCAGUCAAACACCCUAGUAAUCAGUUUAAAAAGAAGGGUAUUACAUGAAAUUCUGUGAUUUCAUUUUAUUCCUUACUUCUGUACUUGUAUGAACUGCCAUUGUGAAAUUGUCCUUCACAUAAGGGUAGUUUCUGAGACCAAGGAAAUCCAAGCGCUUCUUCCUUUUAGUUUUUAAUCGGUGUUAUUUUAUGUCGGCCACACUUGCAUUCUCCCGAAAUGGGUGUCUAGACCUCUACUACUCUGUCAAAUCGAAAUUGUAUUAGAGUAAUUUCCCUUAACAAUUUGGCUGAUUGAUUGUGCAAAGUUCAUCAAUUAUUUAAUUAUAAUAUUUUUUGUUUACUUUGGCUUUUAGAAUUCAUUUUAAUUUCCUUCAACCUGAAAUUAUUCGUUUUGUUAUGUAAUACUCUGUAUCAUCCAAAUCUGAUUUAAAAUGUGUAUUAACACAUUCCACUCUUACCCCUUUGCUAGAGCUACUGUAUUGCAACUUUGUUGUCAAAAACACUAAAAGGAUAAUGAUUGAUA